AUGCCGUAUUACACAUCUCCAGCUGAGGAUGAACCCGACGAGUUUGACGAGCAUAAUCCGACGCCGUACCGUGGUGGGUUCGACCUCUUCGUGACGUACGGGCACCCAUUGGAACCCAGUGAAGAGACUUGUUACCCUUCGUCCACACAGUCUGACGGAAAUUUUGAUUAUGAGCGUCCGCAUUUCUCGUCCGGAAGCUACCCUUAUGGUCAUGAUCGACAUGGACAAUCUAAACCCUAUUCUAGUGCUCAUGAUGAUGAUGGAUAUGGAGAUCAACAUGGGUCUCAUCAUCACGGAAGGAAGCCUGAACAUGAUUCUGGAUAUGGUAGGAAAUUGGGGCACGGGGAACAUGGAUCCGAAUAUGGUAGGAAAUCUUCAGGGCAUGGAGACUCCGAAUCCGAAUACGGAUCUGGGUACGGGAAAAAGCAAAGCCAUGGAAGUGGGAGGAAAUCGGAUGAUGAAGAUGAAGGGUAUAAGAAAUCUAGUUAUAGGAAAUCGAGUUAUGAUAGAUCAGAUGAAAGAGAAGAAGGAUAUGGAGGUGGGAGGAAAUCGGAUGAUGAAGAUGAAGGGUAUAAGAAGUCAAGUUAUAGAAGAAAUGAUGACAAUGAUUCAGAUGGUGAAAGGAGGGGCCAUGGGCGCAAGAAACACGGUAAGAAAAGUGAAGAUGAAGAUGAUGAUGAUGAUGAGGGAAAGAAGCAUCGCCGGCACCGUCGGCACCGUGAUUACGACGAUGAUUAAUCGGAAUGAUGCCUCAGUGCAUAAAUGGAGUUCAGUUUCAUGCCAUAAUAUAUAGCUACUAAAUAAAGAGUUGAGGCAUGCCUCCAUUGAUGGUAUCUAUUAUCUACGCGUGUUUUUGUCGAUCUGAAUCUUUGACUGUUAAUAAAAAUCCCCCAAACAUUUGGGUUACCGCGCUUGUAUUGGAUUUUAAAAUAAAAUGAAUCUCUAUUGCUUUAGUUUUAGUGUUAUGUUUGCAACACAUUAAAACAAGCACCAACAGUAAAAUUGUAUUUUAUUUACAUAAAAAUAGGUAAAUUAAU